CCCCUUAGUGUCACACAGCUGUUUGUAUGACCUUUGGGGUGUCCAAAUGUCACAAUGGAAAGUUACUCACUUGCCACUCAAUUAGCAUUAGCAUAUGCCAGGUUCAGGGCUGGAUCUUAGGGCUACAGGAUGAAUGAGACUCAGCCACUGCCCUUAGAUGGCAUAGAUUCAUGACGGAUGACCACCAAAGAAAGAGCCUGUGCAAGCUAUCUGCCUUGGACCAAAAUGAAUGGUGAGCACCCACGUCCCUGUGUUUCCAUCUUUGGAAGUCUGGCUCUUUCAUUUCAGGAUUCCAUCCUAUACACCAAGCGCUGCUGCCUCCACGAAGCAAACCAAGUGAAGCAAACCUACAACCUGCACCAGGAGUUAGGGAAUAAAAUUCCAGCACAAUGUCCCUCCCGAGAGACAACAAUUCAGCUAAAGUUGAUAGGACACCAUCAUUUCAGAUAUGUUCGCUGCCCGAAUUAUAUGCAUCAGUUGAGAAUUUUAGGAAGAACAGAAAGAAUUCAAUUCUUCUAAAAACGCAUGGCAUUUCACCUAAGGAAGCACAGAAAAUACUUAGUAAAAACCUGGAUGAAAGGUCACUCAUCAGCAAAACUGGUGUGAAAGAAGACCCCCAGUCUAUUUUCAUGUAUACAGUGGGUAAAAAAGAGGAUGAAAAGAAAGAAUCCAUGGUGGAGCUUCUCCACCGCAGCUUACUAAUGGACCCACUCCCUCCAAAACCGCCACUCUCCAAGUCCCAAAAAAGACUGGCUCAGAUUGGGAUCCCUCCUCCCAUACAUACAUUUCCUUAUAACAUUAUGGAUGAUCAUUCCAGCGCUUUCCCGAAGUCUACCAUUAUUAAGAAGAUUCAGAGCAUCAAAAUAUUAGGCUUUCCUGAUUCCAUCCAUGAGAAGAUGAUCUAUGAAGACAAAGUUCCCAGAUACGUUUCAGCAAACCCAGAAAAACAAUUCAUGGAUCUAAGGGAUCUGGAAUGGAAAUAUGUUAAGGGGCUUGCAAAAUGGAAGUGCACUACUCCAGUUUCAUUCAUGGACAUAAAAUACAACACGGAGAAGAGAUUUGUAGAGAGCCAGAAUAUGCCUGGUUUUAUUUCCCCUACACUGGUUCAUAAGUCUUUAGUCAUUUAUCCUCAGACUAGUUUUCUUAACUGGAACAUAUAGUUUAUUAAAAUAUCUUGGAUAUGGAGUUUUCUUUUGGGAGCAUUGAAGCACAGAGAAGGCACUCAAUACAAUAUUUGAACUCCGUCUACAUAGUAUUCAUGCAAAGCCCCAAAUUAAAACAUUAACAUAGAGUAUAAGAUCCAAGUUGAUCUGCUAUUGUAAGACCUGUCUUAAUGGUUUAGAAUUGCAAAGAAAGUGUUGAUCAUAUAUUUUUGAAAAGGAUGCAUAUGAAGAACACCCAGGCAAGCAAGAAUAAGCUCAUUAUAGGUUCAAUCCCCAGAAUCCUCCCCUCCCACAAAACAUUUAAGCACACAAGGAGAUCCAUAAUCAUCAAAAUAGUUGACUAACUCAACAAAUUGAAUAAUUAAUGCCUGUGGAUAUAGAGAUCAAUCUGAGAACUUUACAUAAUAUACUAACCACUCAAAGGCUUAAUGAAACAAGAACAGGAAGAUUUGAAAAGGAUGAAUUGGAAAUCUUGAAAGUAAAACAUAAAGUCAUUAAAGUAAUAAUAACCUUCAAUAAAUUAUCCCAAUGGCAUAGUUUAUAUCUGAGGAGAGAGGACUGUUGAUUGGAAGCUAGCACUGAAAAGCUUCUAGACGAUAGCACAGUAAGACAGCAGGAAAUUUUGAAAAAGUUGUGAAUAAUGAAGGGUACAAAGAAAAGUUUAUAAAUACAUCCAAUAGAAGUUGUGGAAAAAAAUAGGGAGACUGAAACAGAGGGAAUGUUUGCACUAGUAUUAAACCUGAACAUACAUUAA